AUGUUGAUUGGAUUGAGAUCCGGUGGUCUUCCCUCGGCGACAAAAAGUAAAAGAUGGAUUGAUAAAGUGGAUCUAGCAGUCGCGUUACGGGAUGUAUUGAUAAACGAAGGAAUAGAAAAUAAUGGCGUAGAACCAGACAAGUUUCACAAACUUUUUACACUUGGAGUUCACAUUUAUUAUAGAAAAACUGGUCAUAUCUAUGCUUCGUGUUAUCUUCGCGACUUGGAACUUUACAUCGUAUACGAAGAAUCCGGCGCGAAAUUUUUAAUCGACAAAGCAAGAUUAUAUCGAACCCGACGAACAUCAUCAUAUGCAAUGGGUUGUUCCAUUUGUGAACACGGUCGCUUAACUCGUACAAGAAGAGCAAAAGAGUAA